AUGGCCCCAGCGUCUACUCUGCUCCUACUUCCUGCCUCGUUUAUAGCUUUCGUCUCACAAGCUCUUGCAGAUAAUCGACCUUUUCCAAUCGCUAUCAAGAAGCAGUCUCCAGGCUCGGGCGAAAAAAUAUUAAGAGAACAUCUGGCAUUUGCGCCACUCCUCCAGGUUGAGCCAGGAGUUGUAUCUUCCUUCGACGCACCGUCGGAUGAACCACAUCAAAACGUCGACGGCACUUCUCGAUUCUACCCGCCUUUCGUAAGACACAUCCGCGAAACCGAAGAUAAUGUGUUGCGGCGUGCAGCAGAAGCUCUGGCCUUGUUGGAAAGGAGAUCAUCAUGUCCUUCCGGGAUGAACAGCUGUGCUCAGCAGGGAUCGCCCAACAAAUGCUGCCAGCAAGGAACUUAUUGCACUGAUGUGCCCGACACUGACGUAGGCCAUGUCGCUUGUUGCCCUAAUGGCUCAGCAUGCGGCGGAGGAGUUGGAUCGUGUCCGUCCGGCGCGGCAAGUUGUGCAGCGGCUUUGGGCGGCGGUUGCUGCAUUCCAGGAUAUGUUUGCCAAGGUGUAGGCUGCGUUCCAAGCGCAUCGGCGACUCCUAUCCAACCGUCCCAGCCGCAAGAAACCGCCACAUCGACGAAAACAACAAUCAUUGGAGGGAGUCCGACCACAGUCAUCGUAACAGUUACUCAAACUGCUUCGCCGGAAGCGACGACAAGAACUACCACACAAAAUAUCACACCUUCCGGCACAAGCACCAGCGUUGGUACUAACACGAAGACCGAUUCUGCCACAGGAAAUCCUCCUUGGCGACCAACAGGUUCUUCUGAAAUCACGUCAGCUCCCGAGAGCACGUCAAUCACACAGUCCGGCUGCCCAACAGGCUUCUAUGGCUGCCUUGCCACCCAUGGUGGAGGGUGCUGUCAAACUGACCGCGACUGCCAUACGUACUCAUGCCCGGCUCCGUCUUCCACGACUUUGGUCUCCAACGGAGCUACCAUUGUCGUUCCUGCCACAGACUUGCCAAAUCCUACGGGAAGCUCUUCAUGUGCUGACGGAUGGUUUAUGUGUGGACAAAAUGCCGGCCCCAUGGCCGGUUGCUGCCCGUCUGGGUACUCUUGUGGUACAGCCAGCUGUUUCACGGCUGGAGCCACAGAAACUGGCAAAAUACAGAAGCAGGCGCCGGAUCAGUCGCCUGCCAGGAAGACCGCCAUUAGGACUUCUGCAUCGUGGAUGUUGGUCGUUACGGCGUCUUUAUUAUUGAAUUUUGGGUGGUAA